GAAAAAGGUUAUUAAUGAGCAGUUGAUGAGUGUUUUAAAUACAUAUUUAGCACAUUAAGAAUUUAAAUAUUGAGUUAAGUCUUAGGGAUCCGUAACAAUAAAAAAUUAUUCAAAGAGGAUCCGUGAUAAACAAAAGUUGUUCGGAAAAAACUAAACACUCUAUAUAUUUGAACAAUUUGAAGUUUCCCUGUUCAUGGCGAUUUGAAAACAUUCCUAUUGCAUAUUUAAAUAAUUUAAAUAAUCCAAAAUAAACUGCAGUUAAUUAUUAACCAUGGUUUUACUUUUGCGGAGUUGCAUUUUAAACCAAAGGAAACUGUUCAUGAAAGAAAUUAUUGUAUUUAAACGGACGUCUAUGUAUUAUACAUGCGGAAACGUCGAGAAAUUUAGACCAUGUUUGCAAGUAAGGCAUGUUUCCGAUAAACACAGUGAAAGAAACACUAGUGAAAGAGAAAUGAUAUACAAUGGAACAUUAACAAACAAAGUCCGUAAUAUUAAAAUGAUAUCCUUGUUAUCAUCAGCCGUAUCACUAAUUUCUCAACCAAUCAUUUACAUGAAGAUUUUAGAAGAAGAUAAUUUAGUAGGUGUAGGAACAUUAUUUGCACUAUUAAAUGUAAUUACUAUAAGUAGUCCUCUUUUAAUACAUUUAUUAACAAGAAGAUACGUAAUUGAAAUGUAUCAUUAUCCUAACGAAGAGAAGUAUACCGCCAAAUUAUAUUCAUUUUUUUGCAAAGAAAGAGAGAUAACAUUUAGUCCAAAUGAUGUUAUUGAACCUAAAACACAAAUUACAGGGGCAUUUACAACCUGUGUUGUAGGUGGUAAACCUUUGCUUUUGGAUGAAAACAAUUUUAUAGAUCCCAAACAUUAUAAAAUUAUUAUGAAUUAUAACAAACCAAUAGAUUUUGAAGUAGAACAAUUGCAUAUUACUGCAAUCAAUCGACCACAAGAUAAAAGAAUAACAAUGGGAAACAAAAAUGAAGAACAGAAAUAAUUUGACAAGUAUAGUUUUAUUUAUUACACGGCUUUUUAAUCUAAAUUUUUAUACAUUAUUUAAAAGCACUAUAUAAGUUGCUAGGUACAAAAUAUAUACGUUAUUACGAGAGACUGUAUAUUAAAAAAUACAGUACCAAAUUACUAACGCAUGAGAUUGUACAGUUAUUGAAUUUGUAAAAUGUUGCAAAUCAUCCGAUGAUAUAAUUUUCAUGUAUUCAUCCUUUUAAUUGUAUAAUGCGUCAAUAAAUCAUAUUAAGUAUUAAA